AAAUGAGUUUCCGUGGUGGACGUGGAGGCGGUGGUGGAUUUCGAGGUGGUCGUGGUGGCGGUGGAGGCGGUGGAUUCCGUGGAGGUCGCGGCGGUGACAGAGGUGGUGGCUUCCGUGGAGGACGCGGUGGAUUCGGAGGGGGCGGCCGUGGAGGUUACGAUCAGGGACCACCAGAGGAAGUUGUGCUCGUCGGUGUCUUCUCCCAUCAGUGCCAAGAUGAUAUUGUUUGCAACAAUACGAGUGGAAAAAUCCCAUAUUUCAAUGCUCCAAUUUACUUCAAGAAUAAGGAACAAGUCGGAAAAAUCGACGAGAUUUUUGGAUCCCCCGGGGAGAACGGAUUCUCCGUCACAUUGUCACAAGGAGUAAAAGCCUCUUCAUUCGAACCAGAGUCUCAGCUGUACAUUGAUCCCGGAAAGCUUUUACCAGUUGAUCGUUUCCUUCCACAAGCCGGCGGAGGGCGUGGAAGAGGUGGUCGCGGACGCGGUGGGGAUCGUGGAGGACGUGGCAGUGACCGUGGAGGUCGUGGAGGCUUUGGAAGAGGCGGCGGCGGUGGAUUCAGAGGCGGGGAUCGCGGAGGUUUUGGCGGUGGUCGUGGAGGAUUCCGAGGCGGAGACCGUGGAGGGUUCCGUGGUGGCCGUGGAGGAGACUUCGGAGGUCGCGGACGUGGAGACUUCAAACGAUCAUACGAUGGUGGAAGUUUCGGAGGACAGAAUAAUAAGAGAACUAAAUUCGAAUAAUUGUUUCUUCUCUAAAAAACUGUAUGUUCCAAUUGUUUUCAUCCUUUUUUUUUACCAAUUGUUGAUUUUCUUUGUUUUCCUUUUCUCAUCUGCCCUCAUUUUUUGAUCACUUUUUUGUUGAACUUGUUGGUAUUUUAUACACAUUAUAAUAAUCAUAUAAUUUAGUUAUUUUAUUUCACUAAUCACACAGCGCUCUGAGGCAAGCAUUUUUGGCGAAUAAAAUUUGGAGUUCGCAUUUAAGCGCGCUUUGAU